AUGGCCUCCUUAUACAACCAACCCGAUUCUUUCCAAGACAGUCCAGAUGACCUUGUUGAGAUCGGCAGCCGAGCCAAAACGGCUGUUGCGACAGAGGUUCUCUUCUUUGAAGAUGAUUUUAGCGACGACACAGACCUCGACCUCGAUUACCAAGAGCCUACAAAGCUACCCCCACCCCCACCGACGAUCAGCCAAAAGCCCUCGAACGAAAUCGAUGAGACUACCGUACCUUUCUCUUCACGCUCAGAAAAUAUUGUUCCAUGGUCUUCUUCGCCGCCCUCUCAUAUGCUGCCGUCCCAUCCACUUUUGACCCGAACUGUGUCUAGUACAAGAACUAGCAAACGCUCGUCACUCGGAGAGACGGAGUUGCCGCCUCCAAAGAAGCGGAGUUUGCCCAGGACCUGGACUGCGCAACCUCGCGAUGAUAGCAAGCUGGGGUUGCAUGGCGAAUCCACCCCAGCGCGAAAGACAAAAGAUCAGAUGCCCUGGAAUACGACUGCCAGUGCCGUGAAGGCUCAAAAGAAACAUCACAAGGAUACUCUGAAGAGGUCUGGGACGAAUGAAGGAUAUACUACGGAGGAAAUGCGUGCUGUCACGGCAAUGGACUCCGAGCGUGUCAAAGGUAUUAGUCUCAGCAAAGAACAGGAGCGCGUGCAAGACCUUGUUGUAAACAAGGGUGAAAGCGUCUUCUUCACCGGGCCAGCUGGUACUGGAAAAUCGGUUUUGAUGCGAUCAAUUGUCGCGGAGCUCAGAAAGAAGUUCGCCAAGGACCCGGAACGAUUGGCAGUCACCGCUUCGACUGGCCUCGCAGCUUGCAAUAUUGGCGGCCAGACACUACACAGCUUUUCUGGCAUAGGUCUUGGCAAGGAGGAAGUUCCUGUCCUCGUCAAGAAGAUCAGGAGGAAUGCCAAGGCAAAGAAUCGCUGGCUAAGGACAAAGACUCGACUACGAAUCUCCCUGGCAAGGCUUAAGCGGUACGACGCGCACGAGACUGGCGACCCACAACUUCGGGAGAAACUUUUGGCGAACGUCAUGGCACCAAAAAGCAUUGAGCUGAAGGUGGGAGCUCAAGUGAUGCUGGUCAAGAAUAUGGAUGAGACGCUUGUCAACGGUUCACUUGGAAGGGUCCGAGGUUUCAUGACCGAGUCCAUGUUCGAACUAAAGAAUGACACUGCCUUCGGAACGGACGACGAGGGCGCCCCUGAUGCGAGGGUGCAGAACAGGAUCAAGGCCUUCACCCGCGAACUCGAGGAAAGCAGGACGGGCGCCACGGAAUAUCCUGUUGUAGAGUUCUCCGCUUCGGAUGGUACGCACAGAACCAUACUCUGCAUCGGUGAAGAGUACAAAGUUGAGAACGCCGCUGGUGAAGUCCAAGCCUGCCGUCGACAGAUCCCACUUAUACUGGCCUGGGCGCUUUCUAUACACAAGGCACAAGGGCAGACACUAGAACGGGUUAAGGUCGACCUUGGCAAGGUAUUCGAGAAGGGCCAGGCAUACGUCGCUCUCAGUCGAGCCACUAGGCAACAGGGUCUCCAGGUGCUGCGGUUUGAGAAGCACAAGGUGAUGGCUCAUCCUCGGGUCGUCAAUUUUUACAACAACUUGUACAGCAUCGAUGAGGCGAUGGCCAAGAAGCCUGCUGUUACCGUGGCCAGUAUCUUCUCUGCUCCUAAGGCCAAGGAGGUUGCAAGCCGAUCAACUUUUCAGACCAAUACCAGGCCCACUGUCCAGAAGCCCAUUCCAAGGGCGGUGGGAAGUGCAAGGGCACCCAUCACUCUUGAUGAUGAUGAUGAUGACGAGGAUGCCAUGGCUGAGGCUUAUGGUCAUUAA